AUGGCGAUGCUGCGUGGCCGAGUUCCCGCCUCUCCCUCCUCGUCCAAUAACGACCUCUUACCUUCGCCCCACGAGUACGACUACGACACCUACGAGGCCGACACGCCCACUUCACACUACUCUUCCAAACUUCAUCCGGCACCCACCGUCCCCAACUCCCUUUUGCGCGCAAGUAUAGCGUCAGGACCCGCUUCCGCCACGCCAUCCGCGUCGACCUCGGCGUCACCGUCUUUCGAUAUGGACAGGGAAUGGACAGAUAAGGGGUAUGCCCAUGAGUAUGAGGAGAGCAGCGUCGGAGGCAUGACGCCGAAGAUGGGGAUGGACAGUGGGGGAAAGCCACUGAGUAGGAGAGCAGGGAGUGGGGCGGGUGGGUCGGGAUUAGGGCUUUGGGGCAAGGGGAAGAAGAAGCGUUUAGGAUUACCGCAGAGAGCUUGGCUGGUCCUCUUUGUUCUCGCCUCGCUCAUCAUGAUAUCGAAAUUCGCCUUCCCCUCAGAUCCCUCCCGCUCCCUUCCUUCCCAGACCGAUACCCACGCGCAGAUCCUCACACCCCGGGACUACCUCAACGCCUCUCGCACAGAUCCCGCCCCAUUCGACUUUUGCCCCAUCUUCGGUCCCGGAGAUGCGAUCGCUGCGCGCCGAGGACAGUUUGAGCUGCUCAGGAGCAGGCUGCAUCUCGGGACGGGCGCGAGAGUACAGAGGGUAUUGCAAAAGGCGAUGAGUGGAGGCGCUAUCACCAUGAGCGUGUUGGGCGGGUCAGUGUCGGCGUGCUAUGGCGCAGGAGACGAUCCGAUCUCGUCGUCCUGCUACCCCUAUAAAUUCUUCAAUUGGUGGAACUCGGUCUUUCCGCAUCCUGCCAACGAGCUCACCAAUGGUGCAACAAGGAAGACGGACUCGGCGUACUAUGCGUACUGCAACAGCCACCACAUGCCGGACAAGAGUGAUCUCGUCUUGCUCGAAUUUGACGCCGCGGACCCAAACGAUCCGGAAUGGUUGUCCCACUUUGAGCUUUUGGUGCGCUCCGUACUAGUUCGCCCGGAGAUGCCGGCUGUGAUCGUGCUGGGUCACUUCUCGCCCCAGGUCCAGGCGCAGAAUGGGUUCGCUGGGCCAGAGCUGCUUCAUAAUGUCGUCGCUCAGUUUUAUGACGUCCCACACAUCAGCGUCAAAGGCCUACUGUACGACUCAUACCUCCGCACACCCGAGCACGCCCUCUCGUCCUUCUACAACGGCCCCCUUCAUGCCAACGCAGACGGACACGACCUCAUCGCCGAUGUGCUCAUCUCGUACAUGAUGUCGCAGAUCUGCUCCGGCUGGUCCACUCUUCAGGGCCACGAGUUCUCUGUCCCCGCCAUGGGCAGCGGAGCAGAAGGCGAGGGGUCCUCAUCCGGCGGACCGUCCCUUCUCGGCGGUGUCGGUCUGCGAAAGGGCAUACCAGGCCAAGAUCCAGGAGAUGGCGACUCGGCCGGAUCCGCCCUCAAGCUCCUCUACGACGGGAUGAGGGUCCCGAAUAUGCGCCUGAACGAUCUUCCGAACGACGUGGAGAAGUUCAGAGAAAUUGAGCCGUUCUGCGUCAGCGCGAGCGAUCUGAUCAAUCCUCUCCCGCCAAGUCUGUUCUACGGGAGUGGGUGGCAUACGUACCACCCGCCAAUGAAGGCAAUCACCGAGGACAGGCAUUACUGGUACGCCGAGCAACCCACCGCUCGACUUCGUAUCCCGCUCAAACUCGGCGCCGGUGACGUCGGGAUUUACUUCCUCCAAUCCCCACCAGACAAGCCGCUCGGAGUCGCCAAGUGCUGGGUCGACGAUAACUUUGCGGGAGGCAAGGAGCUGCACGGGACGGCGGAUGUAGAGGAGGUCAUUGCGACGCUAUUCAUGAUUGAUCGGGGUGUAUCAAGGGGAUCACAUUUCGUCGAGUGUCAGUUGCUAGGAGAGGCAGGGGGAUCAUCACCGCCUUUCAAGAUCUUGGGAGUAUUUACGACAUAG